AUGCGGCGCGCGCUCGCCCUCAGCGUGGGAUGCGCAGCGCACCGCGAGGUGAGCCUGGGGGAGGGUUUCAUGGAGUCCCUCCCCAUGCCACACCAAGGCGUGCGCAGGGACAGCUAUUACUCCAGCAUCAGCUACCCCUUGUCCUGCGAAGAUCCUGGGAUAAAGGGCGGCCUGGAGGGUGAGGACCUCCCAUGGGCGGAGGCGAGGCGUGUCUUCCGACGGUUUGCAGCCAGCGAUAAUCCUUCCAGCGAAGAGCGAUCUGAGAUGUCGGACGCGGCCUGGCGCCUGUCCUACUGCUGGUGCAACUGCGGGUCGUGCCCCGAGCUCUUCCACGUGUGUCCCUUGGGCGCCAUGGCGGCCUUGAAUCUCAUGCAGUUGUCCUCAGCCAUGAGUUCAGCAGCUCGGGUUGGUUCCUUCAUAAAUUCUGUCAGUGAAUGUUCCCAUGUGGAUCCCUACGUUAUGAUUGUGAAAUUGCCUCCCUGGAACGAGCUCUUGUACGCCAGCUGGCCAAUCUUCGGCAUCAUGUACCGGGUGGCACUGCAGCUGCAGGUCGAUGGCCUCCAGGAGGAGCACCUGGACGCUAUUUGGGUGGAGCAGCUCCUUCGCGGCAACGGCUCCAUCUCCUGGCCCCGGAAACGGAACCGGAGCCUGGGAAGCCGGAGGGAAGGGAAGGGAAGCUUCUGCGAGCUGCUGGGCUUCGGUGCCCAGUGCCCCGUGGACAUCGCUGCGCAGCUCGUGGGGCAAGCUCUGGCCAUCGCCCGCACUGACCCACCACGAGGGCGGGAGCCCUUGGAUGCAAUCGAGGCGCUGGUGCGAAGGGCGCAGAGCUGGGUCUAUGGGCUGCUGCCACGGGUGCCAGGGGUCACCGAGUGCAUGCAGUCGCAGAACCUCCACUUGGGCCUCAGUUUGUCGCGUGCUGGCCGCAAGAUCUUCCGAAGCCUCGCGCAGCUGCAAACCGUAUUGGAAGCCUCGCUCCAUGCCACCGGCCCGCACUGCCCUGCAGGCGGCGCACGCUGGCAGGGUGAGUGGCUCUUUGAGACCGACUUCCUGAAGGACUUCCAGGCGGAGCUGGGCACUACCCUGGCGCUGGCGCCAAAUCUCUCACCUGCUGCCACAGCGUGGCCCCAGGUCCGUGAGGCACGCGAGGCGUGGGUGUGCACCCUCUUCGCAGGCCCAGAGAUCUCCUGGGAGCAGGUGGCGCUGCACGCAGAGCUUGUGAGGACCUUAGCCUACUCCAUCCGCCGUCACUCGCAGCAGCAACGACCCUUUGUGGUUUUGACCGAGGUCAGCAUCCCAGAGGACAUCCGACUAGAGCUGCUGGCUGAUGGCCUGUUGCUAGAGUACUUUCACGCCCCAUCCUUGAGAAUGCAGGUGCCGGCUGGCUACGAGUGGAAACUCAGCUGGUUCAAAGGCCGGAAGCUCCGACCCACGAUGGGACAGCUGGCAGUCUGGAAUCUGAGCUAUGAUACUGUCGUGAUGUUGGACGAUGAUAUGAUUAUGGUGCAAGCAGCAGACGAGCUUUUCACGACGCCAGUGUUUGCCAUGUCUCAUGACCCCAUGCCCUCUGGGCACGCGAAGGAUACUGCGGGCCACCAAAUCACUCGGCUCAACAAUGCGGUGCGUGUGGUGCAGCCCAACAAACAAUUAUUCCGGAAGAUGGUGGCGAAAUUGCAGUCGGGCGCCUACAAGGACCAUGCCUUAAUAAGCUAUUGGGGCUACGAUCUGCAAAGCCUGGAGGACGCGUUCUGGAGUGAGCAGAGCCGACGUAGCGGCGUGGCCCGCUAUGCUGGCGGCCAGUUCUUGGGCUGCGCCAAGCUUCGAGCCGGAGUCAGCCGCGCGAAGCGGACAGAACUUGCAGACACUCUCCCAGAUGCAGAGGAAGCGAAGUCGCUGAACGAAGUUGAGACCAUCAGAGCAUCGGAUAACGAAAACGUGCACUGCGUCUUGCCUGCGGACUACAACUUCUUCGUAGAUUUUAAGAGCGUCUUCACGCUGAUCUUCCACGGGGUGGGUGAGUCGGAGCUGAAGGCGUGGAGCAUGCGCAGGCUGAUGAGGCGGGCUACGAUGCUCCUCAGAAGCGGGUCCCUGGUGGAUGCCCCGAAGAUCUUGCACUGGCCUGGCGGCUUGCGGAAACCGUGGCAACGAGUCCACCCCAGAACUCAGACCGACUGGGAUCGCGCAUGGUGGGAUGCGCAUCAUGGCAUGUGCCAAGAGAGCGCCACAAAAUGUCGGAUUGCUUGUGAGUUCGAGCCGCCCGUGGAGUGA